AUGCCAUCGUUACCAGAGCUAACCAAGGGGUUGAAGACUGCCUUUGAGGGCAAACAAUAUGAAACAUGUUUGAGAUUACUACUUCCUAUCAAGAUUGAAUUGAUUAAAGCAAAAUUGUUAAUACCUGAUAUCAAAAGCGCUAAGGAAAAUCAAAGCUAUCUACAGGAUCUGAAUAUAGCAAAGAAGAUACUUGAGAUAGGAGCACUUUCAAGCAUAUACUGUGAGGAUUUUGAAACUUUCAUGAACUAUUACUCACAGUUAAGCGCAUUCUACUUUUCUGAUGUGAAAGAAUUGAGUGAUUCAGAUAGCAAGUUCAAGUUGAUAAGUUUGUACUUAUUAAUCUUGCUAGCACAAAACGAUUACACUAAACUUCACUCAGAAUUUGAGUUUUUGAGCAGAUACGUUACGAAUUUGGAAGAGAGUUCGUACCUCUCUUAUCCAGUAAAGUUGGAAAGACUUUUGAUGGAAGGUUCUUAUCAAAAGGCUUGGGAUCUGUUACAAACAGGUUCUAAGGUUGAAGAGUUCAAUGUUUUCACAAAGACUUUGAAAGAGGCUAUAAGAGAGGAAAUUGCUUUGAAUUCUGAACAAGCAUAUAGCUCCUUACCAUUGUUCAACGCUAAGACUCUACUAUUCUUCGAGAAUGAAAAGGAGAUGGAGGCGUUCGCUAAAGAACGUGACUGGAGCGUCAACCAUGGCGUUAUCACAUUUGGAAAUGAUUCAACUCCAGACAGGAUAGAGAGUGGGGAUACCGUGGAUAUGGCUAUUGACUAUGCUGUUCAUUUAGAAAGUAUUGUAUAG